GGGGCUGUGGGAUGGGACGAGGGUGGUGAUGUCAUGUCAUGUCAUGUCACUGUGCGUGUGUCCCCAGCAUCGGGAGGGGCGCGGAAGGGGUUGGGGUCAGGCGGGAUCCCUCCCCUGGGGGCGGCAGCGACCCCCCCCCCUUGGGGUAUCCUGGCGUCACCCCAGUUCUCUCCCUACCCCCCCCCCGCUCCCCCCGGCAGGAUCCUCCCAUCUAGGUGACGGCGGCAAUGGACGCGGGGGGGGUGUCGGCUUCCCGAAACCCCCCUGACCCCCCGGAUCCUCGGGUCGUCCCUCUGCUCGAGGGUCCCCCCACAGCCCAUCCCGGCCCGACCCAGCCACACCGGAAACCCCCCAGGCCCCCUGUGAGGGGACCAAGCCCCCUGAAGGAGCUGAUGAGGACAGGGAGGGCCGGGCUGCACCCCACUAUCUGCGGGGAGUGUGGGAAAGGCUUCAGCCGGAGCUCGGACCUGGUGCGGCACCGCAUCACCCACACUGGGGAGCGACCGUUCACCUGCGGCGCCUGCGGGAAGAGCUUCAGCCAGAAUUCCAACCUGGCCACGCACCAGCGCAUCCACACCGGGGAGAAGCCGUUCGGCUGCCAGGACUGCGGGAAGCGCUUCGGGGAGAGCUCGGCGCUGGUGCAGCACCGGCGGACGCACACCGGGGAGCGGCCCUACAGGUGUGGGGAGUGUGGGAAGAGCUUCAGCGUCAGCUCCAACCUGCGGCGGCACCACCGCACCCACGGCCGAGAGCCGCCCCACCUCUGCCCUGAGUGCGGGGACACUUUCUGGAACCCUGGCCAGCUCCGGAGGCACCGCAGGGAGCACGUGGUGUGAGGGGGAGGAGGGGCGGGCAUGGAGACAGGGACACCUGGGUGGGGAUCGGGACAGCUGGGUAGGGGUGGGACACAUGGAUGGGGAUGGGGACACCAGGAUGAGGAUGGGGGGGAUGGGAUGGGGAUGGGGACAAGGACACCGUGGUUGGGGCACAAGGAUGGAGAUGUGCUGGUUUGGCACAGCGUGGUUUUUGGUAGUGGGGAGUGGCAGGGGUGGCACAGGAGUGACUUGGAGCCAGCCUCUGAUGGCUCUGAAAAUAGACAUGCUGUUGGCCCAAUUAGAGAGGGUGGUAAUGCCUCUGAUGAAAUAUUUAAGAAGAAAAUCAAAAUGGUUUGCUCAGCUGUUUUCCAGGGGUGGCCAAGUGCCGCUACCGGGGCCAUCCCAGCACAGGCUGCAGCAAUCUUGGGAGGCCUUGCCUGCCAGGCUGCCCUGGGCCAGCUGCACCACAGGUGAAAAGGGCAGGGAGGGUGGACAGUGGUGGCUGUUUUCCCAUCCCAGCACCCUGCACAAGGAGUGGUGUAAGAUGGCACUGCCCGUGCCUGGCCAGCUGCAGAAAUCAGCUGCAGAAACGUGACGAGCGAUUCCCCAACACGAAAUCUAGGCAAAGUCAACCUAGAGCUGCAGGAUCCUGCAGGGAUGUUUGAAUUGGUGGAACUUGUUGACAGUGGUACAUACAAGCAUCAGUUUUUCUUCUAGUUAGAGAAGAGAAGGAAAUGAGAUCAUGUGAAGGGAAACAACAUGGAAACACUGAGGUCAGUGGAGAAGAAAGAGGGGGAGGAAGUGCUCCAAGCGCCGGAGCCGAGAUUCCUCUGCAGGCCAUGGUGAUGACUGUGGUGAAACCAACUGUCCUCCUGUGAUGCACAAAGUCCAUGGGGGAUGCAGAGUUCCAUUAGCAGCUCCUGCCAGAGCAGGUGGAUGCCAGAGAAAGCUGUGAUCCAGUGGGAGACCUGAAUAGAGAGAGAGGGCCCCUGCUUCCAAACUAGAGCGGCCUAUCCUUAGAGGACUGCACCCCGUGGACGAGUAACCCAUGCCACAACAGUUUUGGGAUGACUGUUUGUCCGUGGGAGGGACCCGACUGCAUAGCCGAAAAAAGACUCCUGUCCCUGUGCAAACAGAAGAUCUCGAGUGACAAACUGACCAAAAUCCCCAUGCCCUGUCUCUCUGCACUGUUGGUGGGAAGGAGGGAGGGGCUGUGGGGGGAAAAGGGUAUUUUAAGGGCUUAUUGUACUUCUCUUCAUCGCCCUCUGACUCUAUAAAUAAUAAAUUUACUUUAUGCCUUUACAGUUG